AGAAGUGUUCAAUUUAGUGAAAACAGGACAUGAACGUCUUACGGAAACAGAACAAGCAAAGAAAAGACCUGUAUACAAACAUGUUGAUCAUGAGAUGGCUCCACCAAAUAAUUUUAGGACAAUAAGCAUUUUCCCAAAACUUGAAGAUAUCCACCUAAAUGAGCUACCUUUUCUAAGAGCAAACAAGACGAAAGGAAAGUAUGAUUGUCUCGAUACAUAUUUAGAUAUUCAGUUCCGUUUGUUGCGCGAAGAUUAUAUGCAACCUCUACGUCAAGGUAUCUAUGAGUAUAGGGGAUGUAUACAAAACGGUAUAAGCGUUAAAAUAUUAAGGAAUAAUCGCAUAUAUCAAACUGUGCAGAUAAUGCAACCAGUUUGUCCUGCACAAGGCAUAAAUCAUGUGAUACAAUUUGAUAAUUCACAAUUUGGCGCGAUUAAUUGGGCUUCGUCGAAAAGACUUCUUUAUGGUUCACUGGUUUGUUUGUCUGUUGACAAUUUUGACACCGUUCAUUAUGCAACCAUCACCAAGAGAGAUGUAAAUGGUCUACGAGAAGGUACACUAGAAGUACAUUUGGAAAAUAUUGAGGACGGUGUGCUAGCUAACCAUGGAAAUCAGUCAUUUGUUAUGGCCGAAACAAGUGCCUACUUUGAAGCAUACAGAUACGUCCUGCAAGGCCUGCAGGAAAUUAAAGGAACAAUGCCGAUGACAAGAUACAUUAUAGACUGUGAAAUUGAAAUAAAGCCACCAUCAUACUUACUUUGUCUGGGUAGUCCACAUUACAAUUUUUCACCGCUCAUGAAAGAUACUAACAAUAUUGUUGAAUACCCCGUGUUAAACACACAUCGUUGGCCUAAAGCUUGUGAGUUAGGUCUAGACAACUCACAAUACAAUGCCCUUCAAACUGCCAUCACAAAAGAGUUCUCCAUUAUUCAGGGCCCACCUGAAACCGGUAAAACAUUUGUUGGCUUAAAAAUAACUGAGCUUCUCCUGAAAAACAGUGAAUUUUGGAAAACGAAGACAGAAGCAAGCCCUCUAUUGGUGGUAUGUUAUACAAAUCAUGCAUUAGAUCAGUUUUUGGAAGGCAUUGCCAAGGUUUGUGAUCUAAAUGGUAUUAUCAGAAUCGGCGGGAGGUGCAAAAAAUGCUAG